AUGGCGCUGAACUUCUAUUUACCGUUCCGGUUCAGAGAGGAGGAUUCGCUAGGAGCCUUGGAAACGGUUCUCAAGCUUUACUCGGCGAUCAAGAACCGAAACAUACCCGAACUAUCCUAUAUCAUUGAUGACGAAUGCCAAUGCAUCUGCAAUUUCUUCUCGUGUUUCCGACCUUUACAAGGGAAAAAGCAAGUGAUUGAAUUCUUCACUUCUUUGAUAAAGUAUAUGGGAAAUCACAUUAAAUUUGUGGUGCAACCAACACUGAAUGAAGGGAUGGUUGUUGGCAUCCAUUGGAGAUUAGAGUGGAAUAAAGUUUAUGUGCCACUGGGAAAAGGUUUCAGCUUCUAUACUUGCCAUGUCUACCAUGGAAAAGUGAUGAUAAGGAAUGUAGAGAUGUUCAUGGAACCACUCCUUCAUCUGGAACCAUUCAGGCUAGCAAGUGAUCUACAAGUUUUCUUCAACAUUUAAAGUAAUGGA